AUGGUCCGAACCACUACUCUGUUCGCCGUCGGCGCCUUCCUGCUGCAAACCUCUCAGGCUUGCCGUGCCACGAAGGAGUACAAGUUUGGCGACGCCAACUCUCUCAACACGGAAGAGUUGGAUGAGCACCAGCUCGAUGGCCUCCGCCUUUUGAAGACAUCGGAGGAAGAUGCCGGAACCUGGGUUACUGAGAAGGAGAAGAUUGAGAACUACAUGCUCAAGCACGUCCACUUUAUGGAUGUCACCGAGACUCAGGAACUCGAAGAGCUCGGAACCCUCCGCCGUCGUGCUCUGACCAAGCGUCAGACGGCGUACCCUGCUCCUAGUAAACAGGCGACAGCGAAUCCCAUCAUCGCCAGGCUUGUGCAGAGCAACAUCCAGAGCACCAUCACUGGUCUCGCCAACAUCUUCAACAGAUACUACAGGGGCACCUACGCGCCGACCAGCGCAACCUACAUGCUGAACGCUGUCAGGUCCGCCGCCUCGUCCAACACUGCCAUCACGGUCAGACAGUUCACGCACUCUUUCAACCAGCCCAGUGUCAUUGCUACGAUUCCGGGUACCUCCACAGACAGGGUCGUUGUGUGCGCUCACUACGACAGCAUCAACUCGCAGAGUGUGACAGGCCGGGCCCCUGGUGCUGACGACAACGCUUCCGGCGUUGCCACCAUCCUUGAGGCCCUCCGCGUCAUGGCCGUUGCCAAGUACGCCCCGGGCAACACCCUCGAGUUCCACUUCUACGGCGGUGAGGAGGGUGGUCUGCUCGGCGCCCGUGACGUCUUCAACAACUAUGCUGCGAACAACGUCAACGUCCUCGCUGUGGUCAACCAGGACAUGACUGGCUAUUCCGACAACAACGUCAUUGCCGUCUACCAGGACUUUGUUGACACCAGCCUCACUGCCUACAUGCAGCGCCUGGUGCCCGUCUACACCUCGCUUCCCGUCGUUACCGACCGUUGCGGAUACGGAUGCUCGGACCACGCUGCCGCUCGUGCUGCCGGCUACCCUGCGGCCUACGUUUGCGCCGAUACCAUGACGAGCUCCAGCCCUUACAUCCACACCACCUCCGACACUGCCCAGACCAGGUUCUACGCUCACGCCCUGCAGCACAGCAGACUGACCGUCGGCUUCCUGGUCGAGGCUUCGUUCUGGUAA